AUGGCCCUGCGACGCUUCAACGCCGGCGGAAAGAAGCAGAAGGAGCUGACCGAGGAGCAGAAGCAGGAGAUCAAGGAGGCUUUCGACCUCUUCGACACGGAUGGCUCAGGCGAGAUCGACUCCAAGGAGCUGAAGGUGGCCAUGCGUGCCCUGGGCUUCGAGCCCAAGAAGGAAGAGAUUCAGAAGAUGAUCUCAGACGUUGAUGACGACGGCAGCGGCACCAUCGGGUACGAAGAGUUCCUGAAGAUGAUGACCCACAAGAUCCUGAACCGAGAUCCGAAGGACGAGAUCCUCAAGGCCUUCCGGCUCUUCGAUGACGAUGAGACCGGCAAGAUCUCUUUCAAGAACUUGAAGCGCGUAGCCAAG